AUGGCCAGCGUGACCGACCCCUCCUCCUCACGACAACGAGCGACGAGCGACGAGCCUCCGCCACGAAGGGGAAUUGUGUCAACGAUACUCUACGCGCCCCUGCGACUGUUGUUCGCACUGCUUUACCGGGCAGCAGCCUUCCUACAGCCCUAUGCAUCUCAAAUAAUACCAAUAUUCAUCUGCCUCCUCCUCGUACCCCUUGUCAUCUCCCUGUCACUCUACGCGGGGUGGGUCGUAUGGCGGAGUGUUCCAGUGGCAUGGCAGGUGCCUAUCGACUUCCAAUACGGCGACGGUGCCUCGCCCUAUAGCCAAGCUACUAUAGCUGGUGUCGCUUCUCACCAGCCGUACGAUAUCUCUCUCCGACUCUCUGUGCCGGCUACAGAAGCAAACUUUGGCCUGGGGAAUUUCAUGGCUGCCUUAGAGCUAACAACGCCGUCCAACAAAAGUAUAGCUUCUGUACGCCGAUCUGCCAUCAUUUUGCCCUCUUCAUCGACUACUCUCUUCAUCUUUUCCACUCCGCGCAAACUCAUCGACCUUAAAAUACCACUUCUAGACUCAUUUUCUUUCGGGACUUCCAAGGCCAUGGCGCGUGUUGAAGUUGGUCGCCGUGAUCUGUGGAAAACGCUUGGUAGAGGUGAAGGACGCGAGCUGAGUGUUUAUUCCGCGAGCUUGGUCGGAAGUGUGCGGCAUAGCGGUAUCAAGGGUCUAGUGUCUCGAUUCCCGUUAUUGUCUGCAGUCGUCGCGUCCAUGAUUUUCCUGUUCGUAUGCCUCCUUGUCGUGACUUCCUGCAUUCUUCCGACAGUGUUUGCUAAUGAUGGCGAAUACACGAAUACGCCACAUGAGUUGCCUCCUCCGAAGCCUGAUCUUGACCCAAGUUCUGGAGGCGAUGAGAAGCCACCAAAGCCACGGAGACGUUCUCGGGGAGCCAGGAGCUCUAUGCGACGGGUGGCUGUGAAGCGUGAGGGAUUCGAAGAAGACGUACAAUUGGUACCCUCAAGCUCUGGUCAACGAACCUCUUCGCCACCUUUAAGAAGGCGCCGAUCACGGGUAGAAGGAGGCCUGUCCGAUUCGGAUGUGUAG